AAGAACCUUCAGGAAGCUUGCAAAACAGUUGCGUCAGAAGCUCGCGCAGCAGCAUACCGAAAUUGUUUCUUGUCAGGAAAGGUGAACACAACCGCUACGCGCAUCUCCAGUGACACACGUACGAGACCAUGUUUGUGGCAAGGCUAGCAUGCCUGAGGAGCCUCCCCCCGCUGGCCGCCGGACUCCGUCCAGGACUCGCGCACGGCUCCGCCGCCCUCAACCUGAGGCCAUGUCCGAGCGUGUUCACGCCGCGGCAGGGUUUUUCCUCAAAAGCCAGAUUUGGUUUCCGCCGGGCGAGGACGACCAGAGACCAACUAAAGGAAGCAGCUUUCGAGCCAGCCACAGGCACUGCUUUAAAAAUUGACAGCAUGGGAAGAAUGAUUGUAGCUGGAGGUGCUGCAGUGGGACUGGGAGCUUUGUGCUACUACGGCAUGGGAAUGUCCAACGACAUCGGUGCCAUUGAGAAAGCAGUGAUCUGGCCUCAGUAUGUGAAAGACCGGAUCCACUCCACUUACAUGUACUUUGCGGGCAGCGUCGGCCUGACGGCUCUGUCGGCGGUCGCCGUGAGUCGAACCCCGGCGCUCAUGGGCCUGAUGAUGAGAGGCUCCUGGAUGGCUAUCGGCGCUACCUUUGCAGCCAUGAUCGGCGCCGGCAUGCUGGUCCGGUCCAUCUCGUACGAGAAUAGUCCCGUGCCCAAGCACCUGGCCUGGAUGCUACAUGCAGGUGUGAUGGGUGCUGUCGUGGCCCCCCUCACACUCCUGGGUGGACCUUUGAUGAUGAGGGCUGCCUGGUACACGGCGGGCAUCGUGGGUGGGCUGUCCACGGUGGCCAUGUGCGCCCCCAGCGAGAAGUUCCUCAACAUGGGCGGACCCCUGGCCGUCGGCUUAGGGGUGGUCUUUGCCUCCUCCAUUGGGUCCAUGUUUCUGCCACCCACAUCGGCGUUUGGGGCCGGCUUGUACUCGGUGGCCGUCUACGGCGGCCUGGUCCUCUUCAGCAUGUUCUUGCUCUAUGACACUCAGAAAGUCAUCAAGAGGGCCGAGACGCAGCCAUUCUACGGCGUGCAAAAAUACGACCCCAUUAACGCGUGUCUGGGGAUUUACAUGGACACGCUGAACAUCUUCACCAGGCUGGUGAUGAUCCUGGCAAAUGGUGGCGGCAGAAGGAAGUGAACAUCUUUUUUAAAUUUGGAUUAUUAUUAUUAUUUUUUUUUUACCUUCCAUAGAGCUGAACGGUGUCGUGACUUAGCAGCAAACAACAAGGUGUUAUGCUCUUAUAGUAUAGCGACCAAUCUCUCAACACAAGCGCUUCACAUGAUAAAGAAUACUUGGUGAUAAGAAAAAUCUUAAAGUUCAGAGGUCUCACUCUUAUGGAAGAAGUGUGUAUUUAUUUUCUGCCUGUCAUUUGUCGUUGAUCUACAGUUCAGAUUUAUUGUUAAAUACCUGCAUUACAUAGACUACAAUACACUUCUGUCUGCGUUUGUUUCUGUGGCUACAGUGUUACUUUAAUAAUGUAAUUGUGUAAUAAAUAACUCAGAAUAA